AUGGCCGACGGUUUGCAAAUGGGAAACCUUUCCCUCAACGAGUCUCAGCACGCGCCCGCGGGUCCUCCCCCCAACACCGGCCGCGCUGCCUACAUCCCUCCCCAUCUGCGUUCGCGUCCCAUGGGCGCUGGCGCCAACUUGGACGGUGCCGCUCCCCCACCCGGUCCCGCCGCCGGCCCCGGCUACGGUGCCCCUAGAGGUGGCUCUCGCGGCGGUAACUGGGCCCAUGCCAACGAUUUCAGCCCUCGCGGUCCCAAUGGUAACACCAGCUGGAGCUCCACUGAAGGCUCGCGCCAUGCCUUUGAUCCCAAUGCUUACGGAAACCCAGGUCACGGAGGUUCUGGUGGUGGCUCUUCCUACGCUUCCCGCGGCGGCUCCGGCGACGGCCAGUGGCGCGAUGGAAAGCACAUCCCCGGUCCCGCCAACCCUCGCGUCGAGAUCGAGCUGUUCGGUGCCCCCGACGACCCCUCCAAGCAGAACACCGGCAUCAACUUCUCCAACUACGACGACAUCCCCGUCGAGGCGUCCGGCCAGAACGUCCCCGAGCCCGUCAACGCCUUCACUAACCCGCCCCUGGAUGACCACCUGAUCACCAACAUCAAGCUCGCCAGCUACCAGACCCCCACCCCCGUCCAGAAGUACUCCAUCCCCAUCGUCAUGAACGGUCGCGACCUGAUGGCCUGUGCCCAGACCGGUUCCGGUAAGACCGGUGGUUUCCUCUUCCCCAUCCUGUCCCAGGCCUUCCAGAACGGCCCCUCCCAGGCCCCCGCCCAGGCCCCCGGUCAGUUCAGCUACGGCCGCCAGCGCAAGGCCUACCCCACCUCCCUCAUCCUGGCCCCCACCCGCGAACUCGUCUCCCAGAUCUUCGACGAGGCCCGCAAGUUCGCCUACCGCUCCUGGGUCCGUCCCUGCGUCGUCUACGGCGGUGCCGACAUCGGCUCCCAGCUGCGCCAGAUCGAGCGCGGUUGCGAUCUGCUCGUCGCCACCCCCGGCCGUCUCGUCGAUCUCAUCGAGCGUGGCCGCAUCUCCCUCAUGAACAUCAAGUACCUCAUUCUCGAUGAGGCCGACCGGAUGCUGGACAUGGGUUUCGAGCCCCAGAUCCGCCGCAUCGUCGAGGGCGAGGACAUGCCCAACGUCACCGACCGCCAGACCCUCAUGUUUUCCGCCACCUUCCCCCGCGACAUCCAGAUGCUCGCCCGCGACUUCCUCAAGGACUACGUCUUCCUCUCCGUUGGCCGUGUCGGUUCCACCUCCGAGAACAUCACCCAGAAGGUCGAGUACGUCGAGGACCAGGACAAGCGCUCCGUGCUGCUCGACAUCCUCCACACCCACGGCACCACCGGUCUGACCCUCAUCUUCGUCGAGACCAAGCGCAUGGCCGACUCCCUGUCCGAUUUCUUGCUCAACCAGCGCUUCCCCGCCACCGCCAUUCACGGUGACCGCACCCAGCGCGAGCGUGAGCGCGCCCUCGACCUCUUCCGGUCCGGCCGCUGCCCCAUCCUCGUGGCCACCGCCGUCGCCGCCCGUGGUCUGGAUAUCCCCAACGUCACCCACGUCAUCAACUACGAUCUGCCCACCGACAUCGACGACUACGUCCAUCGUAUCGGUCGUACCGGUCGUGCCGGUAACACCGGUAUCGCCACCGCCUUCUUCAACCGCGGCAACCGCGGCGUCGUCCGCGACCUGCUCGACCUCCUGAAGGAGGCCCACCAGGAGGUCCCCGCCUUCCUGGAGAGCAUCGCCCGUGAGGGUAGCGGCUUCGGUGGUGGUCGUGGCGGUAGCCGUGGCGGUCGUGGUCGCGGCGGCGGUGCCACCCGUGACGCCCGUCGCUUCACCAGCAACCCCAGCGGUGGCGGUGCGCCCUCCUUCGGCGGCGGCGCCAGCUACGGCGGCGCUGGUGGUGCCAGCUACGGCGGUAGCUACGGCGGUGGUGCGGCCUACGGCGGCAGCGGCGGCUACGGUGGCGGCUACGGUGGUGGUGGUGGUGGUAGCUACGGCAACCCCUCCGGCUCUACCGAGGGAAAGGGAACUCAUUGCAUUUCUAUCUGGCGUUUGGCUGGAGCGUGCGGUGUCCACAUGAAGGAACGGUUUGCUAGAUUGGAGGGUUUCCCGCCUGGGUGGAUCCUCGUUGUCUAUACGGUCGCGGACGACUCCUUCCCCCCCUCCGAAGCCCAAGAUGACCAGCAAACGCACAACAUGACGGUCGGCACGAGGCGCCAGGCGAAUGGCACGAUCGGGUCGGUCUACUCGGGCAACAAGAUCCGACACCUCAAGAAAGAAGACGGUAUCCCCCUGUGGCGCAAGGACAUCCAGUACCAGUUCUUGAAGAACGUCUUUGAGGACAAGACCCCCGUCUUCACGCGGUAUCCGGACGGCGAGAAGGGUUUGGACUUUGCGGAUAUCUAUAUCGAUGCGAUGGCUAGGAGUAGCAAGACGAGUAAGAUCUUGAAGGAUAAGUUGCAGAAUGAUAAACAGGCGGCGAUCAGUAUGGCGAUGGUGUGUUUGCUGGUUAACUUUGGGAGGAUGAAUACUACGCUCAAUUUCUUCCCCGAAAUGCGAGCCCAGCUGCGAACAUACCACUCCAUCCCCUCGCUCCAGGCGCACCAGGAUCCCAAUGCCUACAAACAGCUACAGGAUGCGCCUCGUCUCAAGUCCAUCCUCAAGGGCGCAUCGGAGGAUGUCGACCAGCCAAAUACCCUCGAGAAGAUCCGACGCCAUAACGUCCCCCGAACCAACCCCGUCAACCUCAUCUUUGUGCUGGCCCAGUACGCCCCCAAGGUGUCGGAGCUGCACUUCUUCCCCCCGCGCGAUUUCUUCGACCUGGUCAUGAGGGCCACCCUCAGCAGCAAGACCCGGGCGCGUGCCUUCCUCUGGCUGAUGUGGUGGUAUCUUGAGAGCGAUUUCUCCCGGGAGGCGGCCCUCAACAACCCCUUCGGUCCCGGUCUGGAUGGCGAGGGAACCGGCGGCUUGCCCAUCAAGGUUCCCAAUUUCGAGAGCCUCACCGAGGAGCAGGCGAACGAAGAGAAUGUGGAUACCCAGGAAGAGAUGGAAUACGGAGAAGCCAAGCGGUUGGAACGGAAGCGUAUCUUGGACGAGGAUGAGCCUCUUCCCCGGGUGGUCAAGCGGCCCAAAAAAGGUCGCGGCGAUGGACGUGGCUCGGCCAUGUCAACUCCCAUGCAUCCCUCCGCAAAGCGGUAUCCACCCGACGAGGAUGAGGACCUCUUGACUCCCGCACAGUCAGCCCGGUCGCGGUACAAGCGGCCAAAGCGGGAGUCCUCGCUCACCCGCGCCGUCGGGCAGCAGCGUCUCAUCCUCAAGACCAAGAUGGAACAGACCCCCGACGGGUCAUCCCCAGCACCUCCAGGUUCUAGCCACCCAGUGUUGAACCGUUUUGUCACGGACUCUUCUCUGACGCAGCAAAACACAGCGCGCCGUCCCCGUCCCUUGACGCAGCACCAGCUGGCCGUCGAGCAGAACCGCCGCCAGCGCAUCGAGUACAUCCUGGCCAAGCGAAGGAACGAGGCAUACCGGAUGCUUCGCGCGAAACGGGAGACGGAGAUCCCCUUCGCCCGCUACGGCCGUCUUCUGGAGCCGCUGCCCGACGGCUACGACACGGAGGAUGACGAGAGCUCCUGGGGCAAGGGCGGGAUCCUCCCCAACCCCGAGGAGGAGGAGGACUACGGCGAAUGCGCCAGCUACUACCUGUCGGUCGUCCGCAAGGCCUCCCGGCGACUGGACCGGUGGGACUACGAGGACGCCAACGGGCCGAAGAAAGACCGCAAGAAGGAGCGCGAAGAGCGCCAGAAGGCGAAGCAGACCACCCUGGCCCUGGAGCAUUCCCUGGACCUGGGGGGUCGGGCCCCCACCUCGGCGCGGAGCCGCGCCCGGGCGGCCCGCAAUGCCCGCCGCAAGCUCGCCGAGGCCGCGGAGCAACCGCAGCCGGCCCAGUCGCGGGGGGCGGGGGCUGCCGCGAACCCCGCCGGUGACGCCGGCAAGGACGGACUCGACGCGCGACACCUGCCGGACCACGAUGCCUCGUCCAUGCCCGCCGAUGGCGAGGACGGACUGGACGACAUCGACCGGGAGCUCCUGGGAGAAGGCAGCGGCGACGAGGACGACGGGCCCGUCGUUCGCGACGACCGCAAUGCCCCCGUCGGGGAGCGAGGCGACGCGGACAGCUUCAUGGGCGAAGUCGGGGACGAGGACGCCGACGCCCUCUCGUCGGACGAUGACGGCGACGACGAUGAUCUGGACGAAGGCGACGCCGACGAGAAUUCAUCGACGUUCGACGGAGGCCAUGGGUCCGGGGCUAGCGACGCCUCCUCCGUCGCGGGCGAUGGCCCUGGCCCCGCCCCCGACACGCACGACAGCGCAGAUCGUCACCGUGCCGCGGACGACCAGGACCACGAGACCAUGGACGACCGGGAAUAA